GACCAGGAGCGAGCCCAAGUCCUGCUGAACACCAUGGCCCAGGCUAAAGGACGAAGAGAUGGCAUGGUGUCGUCCAAUGAGAACAGGCGCCGGCCGCUGUCGUCGGGUGAGGUGGAGGGUGUGUCAUGGCAGGGCCCACGCACCAUUUUUGUUCCUAAGAACUCACAGGGAUUUGGCUUCACUCUGCGCCACUUCAUCGUCUACCCACCCGAGUCCUCCCUCCACAGCCUCAAGGAUGAAGAGAACGGAAAUGCAACUGGAAAAGGUUGUCAGCGUUCUCGUUUGGAGCCGAUGGACACCAUCUUUGUGAAGAGCGUCAAAGAAAAUGGACCCGCGCAACAAGCUGGACUGUGUACAGGGGACAGGCUGGUGAAGGUGAAUGGGGAAAGCAUUCUGGGGAAAACCUACUCCCAGGUGAUCGCACUCAUCCAAAACAGUGAAAACAUUCUGGAGCUCUCUAUUAUGCCCAAAGAUGAGGAUGUGUUGCAGUUGGUAAGUGCGUACUCCCAGGAUGCCUACCUGAAAGGCAAUGAGCCAUAUUCAGGCGAGGCUCAGAACCUCCCUGUGCCGCCGCCUCUCUGUUACCCCUCCACCAAGCCCAGCGCCACAGCCCCGCAGCCCAGCCACAACCUCCACAGUCCCUUGGACAACUGGCAGUGCCGACCGGGCCCCGCAACCUCUCCACUAGACAACCGCCCCCCUGCUGCUUCCACCCCCACCUCCGGCUGGCCCGGGGGUCCUGAGGAUUCAAGCGGUCACUUUGCCCCAUCAGGGCGGCACCGGGGCCGCUCCUCUUCAGCCAUAAGUGUGCUGGACUUUCACUUUGCUAACCACAAUGCUGCCAUCGCCUCUGCCACUCUGCCUCCACCACGGAAGAGCAGCCUGCCGGCCUCCACCCGCACCCACCCUGAUGCUCUGUGCCAGCAGGCUCUGUCAGACUGGUACUACAGCCAGGCUGAGGCUGCAGAGCACAUGUCCCCCCGCCACCGCAGUAUAUCUCAGGACUGUUUAGCAGAGCUGGGGCUGGGGUUGGCCCUCGGCCCUGGCCCUACAUCCGCUUCCACAACAUCUGCAGAGCAACGCAGAAGAGAAACCCUCCUGUCCCACCACCGGGCAGCUGCUGCUUCCCAUGAUUCCUAUUGGCUAGGGGGCUGGGGUGGUGUGUCAGGGCCAGGAAGCAGGUCAUGCUCAGAGAGCCUCCUGGCAGCGUACGCUGAGUACGAGCAUAACUACGGGCGCUCUGUGGAAACACUGGCACAAGCCACUGCGCUGGUGUCACCACGCUACGAUCACUCCUCACAAGGUGCCCAGAUGUCAAAAUUCAGAGAGCAGAAAGCUUCAGCAGGCCAUCAGCACAAAGUGACAUCCCCCAUCAGCACCUCCUCCACAGUGCCUCCCAGUGGCAGGCAGUCAGGUCAGCAGGUGGCUGAACCACAGACAAGGCGAGUCAAAGAAGAGGAGCUGGUAGGCUACAAAAGCUACAGUCCGUCUUUCUCCCGGAAAGCCAGCCACCUCCUCCAGCAGGCACACUCCUUCAGAGAGCCCGGCUACAGCGGCCUUCACCUCAACUGGAGCCCCAGCAGUAGCGGCAGCCCUGCAGACAGUGAUGGAGGGGUGGUACCCAGGCCACAGUCCACCCCCGCCCUGUCUGCGUCAGAGGAGGAGAGAGCACGGCUGGGGGAGGACAGGGAGCUCCUCUCCCCCGUCACACUGCACCAGGAGGUGGUCCUCAGGCAGAAGCCGCCUUCCGGCCGCCGAACCCCCGUUCAGUCUGUUCGACAUCCCCACUAUACCACCCCUACGCCUGUGGAGUCACCGGAGCCUCCUGGUUUGGAACCCACACAAGGGACCCACUCUCCCGUCUCCGGGGGCCCUGGCCCCAACCGCAGGGCUAAUGGUAGCCUGGCACAGCAUGCAUACAACUCCCUGUCCUCUAUUCCCUUCAUAGAUGACCCCACCAGUCCUAGCACUGACCUGCUGGCCUGCUAUGUACCAGCCCGCUCUGUCGUGUCCAGCUCCCAGGCCUCCACUGUGGCCACCCUCACCUCCACCUGUGUCUCCCCCACCCUGUCCUCCGUCUCCCCCUUUGUCAGACUGCGUUCUCAGGACUGCAGCAGUAUUAAAGGUCGCCGCUCCUCAUACCUGCUGGCCAUCACCACAGAGAGAUCCAAGUCCUGUGACGAGGGUCUCAACACCUUCAGGGAAGAAGGCCGAGUCUUCUCCAAACUACCAAAAAGGGUCAAGAGCUUUUUCACUGAUGGGUCUCUGGAGAGCCUGCGAGCCCAGGAGGAGGCCCGGUCCAAACGCCACUCCACCUCUGAACUGGGAACCAUCACCUUCAGUGAUGUUCGCAAAGAGGGCUGGCUGCACUACAAACAAAUCCUCACAGAGAAAGGAAAGAAAGUCGGCGGUGGCAUGCGACCAUGGAAACGCGUCUUCUCAGUGCUCCGCUCCCAUUCGCUCUUCCUGUACAAGGACAAGCGAGAGGCCGUCCUUCACGGCGCAGGGGCGGGGCCCAGUCAGGACGAACACCCUCCAAUCAGCAUCCGCGGCUGCCUGAUCGAUAUCGCCUACAGCGAGACCAAACGCAAGCACACCCUGCGGCUGACCACGCAGGACUUCUGCGAGUACCUGCUGCAGGCCGAGGACAGGGACGACAUGCUGGCCUGGAUCAGGGUCAUAAGGGAGAACAGCAAGACCGACAAUGAGGAGAUUGGUUUCUCCAGACAAGCUCUCAUCAACAAGAAGCUGAACGACUACAGAAAGCACAGCCUGACAGGUAGUAAGCCUGACACGUCUCCCAGAGCCCAUCGCAUGAUGCCUCCCUUCCUGCUGGCCAAGACUGACAACAUUUCAGUGAACCGAGCCUCCAAAACCGAUGACAACAAGGCGUUGUGGGGCAUUAACAUCAUGAAGAAGGCCAAGAAGACUGGCAGUCCAAAGGCUUUUGGUGUGCGACUGGAGGACUGUCAGCCUGCUGUUAACCACAAAUUUGUCCCUCUGAUUGUGGAGAUGUGCUGUGGCGUGGUGGAGGAGACGGGUUUGGAUUACACCGGCAUCUACCGGGUCCCAGGGAACAACGCCAUGGUGUCCAACCUGCAGGAGCAUCUUAACAAGGGCCUGGACAUCAACACAGCUGAGGAGAGAUGGCAGGACCUAAAUGUAAUCAGCAGCCUGCUCAAAUCCUUCUUCCGAAAACUGCCUGAGCCACUGUUUACUGACGACAAAUACAAUGAUUUCAUUGAUGCCAAUCGAAUAGAAGACGCAGAGGACAGACUGAAGACCAUGAAGAAGCUGAUCCACGACCUCCCAGAUCACUAUUAUCACACCCUUAAGUUCCUGGUGGGUCACCUGAAGAAGGUGGCCGAUCACUCUGAAAAGAAUAAGAUGGAGCCUAGAAACCUGGCUUUGGUGUUUGGUCCCACUCUGGUCAGGACAUCAGAGGACAAUAUGACCGACAUGGUCACCCACAUGCCUGACCGCUACAAGAUAGUAGAGACACUGAUCCUCCACCACGACUGGUUCUUCACUAAUGGAGAGCUUGAUAAGGAAGAGAAGGCCCCAGAGGAUAAGCGGGACAUGCAGCCUGUGCCCAACAUCGACCAUCUGUUGUCAAACAUCGGCAGGCCAGGCAUGCCAGGAGAGGCAUCAGAUUCCACCACCAGCGAUUCACUUAAGUCUAAGCUUUCUUCGCUCUCCAAGAAGGACCUGAAUGCCAAGGACUUCCUGCCCAUGUCCAUCAUCUCCGCUGUGACCCGCAAACGUAAAAAAUGCCUCAGUGCCCACCUGCAGGGCAGCAGCGCUGAAGAGGACUCCGACCAUGAGCCAGUCAAAGCCAGCAACUACGGGGGAGGAGAAGAACAAGGAGGGGAAGAGGAAGUGGAUGGAAGAGAGGAAGAGCCAGUCAAGGGAGAACAUACCAUUCCUAAAAAAGAAAAAAGGGAUGAAAAGGAAAAUGGGGUGAAAGCAAGAGAGGUCACAGAGGGAAAAAAUUCACUGGCUCGAAAUGAAGAGGCUGAAAAGGAUGUGGUGAAUGGAAAAGGCAAUGGUGCAAAAAAAUUUGAAAGGGAGAGCAGGCGCAGAACGACCUUGCCGGGAAAUGCACCCCAACGUCCGAGAAGUUUCCUCUGCUCACACCAUCAGAUCCAUGCCACAUACCCAAGACCCCCAAAUGUAACUAAUCCUUCCCAUUUGAGACCUCACCAUCUAUCCAAAGGACACCCAACACUCCCUGUCUGGAUCAGCCCCACCAGACCUCCAAACCUCUACCAGGCCUCCAGCUUUUAUGGGACCCAGCAGCCAGACUGGAACCAGUCAGUGCCAGUCCGCUACAGGAAGACUAGAGGUGGGAGGACAAGGGCUGUUUCCAUGAAUCUGGACCUUGAGCUGGGCAGGAGUGAGGACAGAGUCAGAGGGUGGAGAGCAGAGAAGGUGGAGGUGAUCAGAGUCAUUGAGGGAGCACCAGGUCAGCAUAGAUGUGUUGGGGUUCCUCAGGGAUCAAUUGUAGGUCCCGGGUCAAUUCAGGAAAUAGAUCCCCUCCCUCAUCUUGCCAAGGAGUCUCUCCCUCUCUCAUCCUCAUCCUCUGGACUGAGAGAUCAAACAUCUCCAGAAUCUCACACUGUGGUCCUUAGGAGAUCAGCCCUGGACCCGCGCGACAAGACCAGAGCAUGGCGUCGUCACACGGUGGUAGUUUAACCUGACUGUUUCAUCUACUAAUGCAGUACCAAGGGCUUGCCCUUUACUCACAAACACUGGAUCACCUGCUUCUAAAGCUAAGUGUCCGUCAUGUUGCUUUAGGGAUCUCUUCUCUCUUGGCUUUUUAUUGGCACUGAAGUUGGAGAUAUAAUCUCAUGGUUAAGGAAUACUUUGACAUUAUGUGCAGUUGUAGAGUUUCAUUCCAAAAUGAAAUAACCUCCACUUAAAAAAAAUGUGAAAGUCCUUCUGAAAUUAACAUACAGAUGCUAUUAUUGAACUACUUAUGAACUAUUUGUCUUUAACCCUUUAUUUACAAAAUAACUGCCAAUGUAAUUAUCCAGAUCAUUAUAUAUUUGGAAAGAUCAUUAGGGCUGAACAUGGAAAAUUGUGAUCCUGGUAUUUACAGGAAUUUCUUGCCAAAGGUGAUCAAGUUUCUCAGGGAAAAUACCUGUGGGAUCCUGUGACUUUUAGCCUUUCACAUACUACUCAUCCACAUAUUAAUUGUCCAACCUGAAGGCACAGUAACACCAGAAGGUGGCACAGUGAAGUUCAUUCAUGAAUCCUUGUGAUAAAGGUGGUGCCAGAAGCUUGGUGAGGUUUGGUUUGCACUCACAAGGGCUAACUAGUGAACUACUUUCGCUGAAAAAACUAACAUGCUAAGAUGCUUACCAGCCAGGGACAUGCUAGUAUUAGUCAAGGCUCAUUCUCACUACAUGAAAAACCUGCCCACACCCACUAACAUCUUGCUUUUUAAUGCAAUGGGAAUGUCUACAAUUGGCAUUCACAGCCUGGCCAAAUGACUCUGCAUUGUUUAUGGGUAUUUAUCACCUCUAGCUGCAAUCAGCAUUGAUAGAAACACAACACCCGGAUAAUCACGCUAUUUUAGCUCCUUAUCUGACGAGAUGCAAUGGUGUGCCACCACUAAUUAGCACAUGUCUCUACCUAAGCUGCUCUAAAACACCGAUUCAAAUUAGUUUGCAGCAAGUUUGAAAGAGAGACUGAAUAAGUAAGAGAAAUAUGAAGAGACGUAACCACUGUAAAGUUUUCACAGACCUCUGUCCCUGCCGCUUUUUACUGUUUACUUGUCCUCCAGUCUGUCAGUGACAUCGAACGAACACACCAAAACAGCCUACAAGCACAGAAAGACAUACUGUAUUGGCAAUAGGAAAGCAGUCCACAGCCUAUUUUUUUUCUUAUUUUUUUAUAGCCUGGGAAUCAGACGAAUGCUGAAAUGUCUGCAUGUGAGAGUUUUUUCUUUUCAUAUUGAUGGAGAGAAACCCAGGGCUCUAUAUAUUCACAAGAAGAAAUCCAUGUAAUUAUUCCAUCUUUUUCAAAAACACCUAGAGGAGUUUCAGACAAUCCCAGUGAAAAUUGGUGCAGUUGAUGUUUUACAGUGUGAUUCUUGAUACAAACACUAGAGGGUGCUAAAGCAAGAAGUCUUUAGAUCCCACACAUGCAGGCUUUUACCCUUUGGAGCAACAUCACUCUUCUACUUAAAAAAAAAAAAUCUAAAUUUUUAAAUCUUUGAACAUGAAAGAAAUGGUUCAAUUU